UGUCGACUGGAGACAUUUAACGAAACCAACGCGUGAAAAUGCUUCCAGCUAUUUAACUGCUAACGUUAGCUAUCAUGCUAAAUAACAGAGCCGCACCGAUACACCGAUUAUCCGCUGGCUCCGGUAGCUGCCGCAGAUCGUUUUCGACAAGGAUACAGACACGGAGUCCAACUUUUAAUUUGCUUAUAAACGACAGAUUUACCCCGUUAAACCGGCUAAUAAUGGCUUCCACAUCAAACAACCAGAGCUAGCUUUAGUGUUAGCUGCGGUGCCCCAGCGGUUUGCAGAUUUCAAACACUAGACCCCAGUCUUCCCCACUCAAGAGUGUUUCUUCAUCUCGGUGACUAAAUGCAACUGGACCAGGGGGCUUGUGGGCAUGAAGUGGCUGGGCGAAUCCAAGAACAUGGUAUUAAAUGGCAGACGACACGGAAACAAGUUGACCAGCGAGCAUCCUGUGAGCCAGAGCCAGACUCGCUCUCAGCAUUCACAACGAACAUCCCUACGGCACAACAAAACCCACCCCAGAAACCGAAGAUGUAGCCGCAGGUUUAAUGCAGCCAGCCUGGAGGCAGAGAGGCGCUAUGUGCCCUCCUCAGGAAUGACUGCCAAGGAAUUGUGUGAGAAUGAUGAUCUGACCACAAGCCUCAUCCUGGAUCCAUACCUGGGCUUUCAAACUCACAAAAUGAACACCAGAUUUCGACCAAUUAAGGGAAGACAAGAGGAGUUGAAGGAGAUCAUCGAGCGCUUCAAGAAACACGACAACUUGGAGAAAGCUUUCAGAGCUCUGACAUCAGGGGACUGUUCCCGAAAUCUUUUUCUCCACAAGACGAAAUCUCAAGAAAAGCUCUUCAAGCAGCAUGUAUUUGUGUAUCUGCGGAUGUUCGCCACUGAUAGCGGCUUUGAGAUUCUUCCUUGUAAUCGCUACUCAUCAGAGCAAAAUGGAGCUAAAAUUGUGGCAACAAAGGAAUGGAAAAGGAACGACAAGAUCGAAUACUUGGUGGGUUGCAUUGCUGAGCUUUCAGAGAGUGAGGAGAACAUGUUGCUCCGACACGGGGAGAAUGACUUCAGUGUCAUGUAUUCCACCCGCAAGAACUGUGCGCAGCUCUGGCUGGGGCCAGCUGCAUUCAUCAAUCAUGAUUGUCGACCAAACUGCAAGUUUGUAUCGACGGGGCGGGACACGGCCUGUGUGAAGGUUUUGAGGGACAUUGAACCAGGAGAGGAAAUCUCAUGUUACUAUGGAGAUGGCUUUUUUGGGGAAAACAAUGAAUUUUGUGAAUGCUAUACAUGUGAACGACGAGGUACUGGUGCUUUCAAAUCCAAAGCUGGACUGCCAGUGGAAGUGCCAGUGAUCAACAGCAAGUACGGGUUGCGGGAGACAGACAAGCGUCUGAACAGGCUGAAGAAGUUAGGGGAAGGAAACAGGAGCUCAGAUAGUCACUCUGUAGGCUCCCACACCGACGUAGACUCUCAGGAAAUGCCAAAAACACAUCAAUCUGCCAGAAAAAGAACGUCAUCAUCUGGCCUGAAGUAUAAAAACAGGACUCAAACCAGACAGACUUUGUCAAGAGCCCUUACUACCUCAUGUUCAAAACAAGGUCGUGUAAACAAUAACAGGGUACCAAAGAGACUAAAAUCCCAAUCCAAGCCUUCACUAAGUAAAGUCCAGUUGCGGAGUCGCAGGAGGGGUGCAGAGCCCAAGGCGUUGUCCAAGGGAGAGACUUGCCAGCUGGGUCUCAGGGACUCAAAGGUGUCGCUGUGUAAAGGUGUCACCGUCAAGAAGGAGAAGGAUGGACAGGAGCUGGUGCAGCAGACACUAGGCCAGCGGGGCUGCCUGACUCGUCAUGCUGCCAAGGAAAAUGGCAAUCUACCAGUUGUGCAGAGCAGUGAGGGUAGUCAGUCUUCAACGUACAGAACUCGCAGGUCCACAAGGACCCUUGUAAAAGCCCAGGAAACGGCAGCUGGUGUUAAGCUGGAGCCCAGUGCUAUGGACGGCUUGAGCCCGGUCCCUGGCGGCGUGGUCAUUAAAACAGAGCCUGCCGACAUGGAGGAGUAUCUCCGCCAUGGGAUAGGCCUGGAGCAGCCGGCGUUAGACACCGGCUAUUCCAGAAGAGGCUCGUGCAACAGACGGAAACGGCUGACACGGCUCAGGACUGAGCGGACAAUUAAAUGUGAGGACUCAUAUAGUGAGCCGUUCAUGCCGGUGGCUACUGGCCACACCACUAACUUCCCAGACUGUGGUAACGUGCUGUUGAGCUUCUCCGACCGACACAGGGACUACAAUGGGGUUGCCAAUGGCAGCAAGUCCCUCCGCAGGGACAAGGGUAAGAGUGGCUGCCGGUCACAGGACAAGGGGAAGAAGAAGCGUCAGAUCACACGCUACGACGCUCAGCUGAUCCUGGAGAACAACACGGGAAUCCCCAAACUGACGCUCCGCCGGCGGAGGGACAGCAGCAGUAGCAAGACCAAUGACCCCAGCGACGCCAUUGGCUCCUCCAACCUUUCUGCCUCUACGGUCAACUCGGCCUCUUCCAGCAAGAUUAGCAUCAAGUUCAGCAAGGACCACGAUAAGGACAAAGGCAGCUCAUAUAUAGCCAAACUGAAUAACGGCUUUCCGCCUGUGGUCCACAGUAACUCCACCAAGCUGAAGAUCCAGCUGAAGAGGGAGGACGAUGCACGGAGAAUAUCCCAGACAAAAGCGGACCAGAUGCCCUAUAACGGGGAUAUGGGUCAGAGUCUGGAGGCCAGGAAUGGUGGACAUCGGACCCAAAAGGUCAUGGCAGAUCCUUCAUCUGAAGAGGACAAUGACGAGGAAGGGGAGGAUGACGACGAUGACUACUUCGACAAUGAGUUUGAAGACGAUUUCAUUCCACUUCCUCCAGCAAAGCGCCUCCGACUCAUUGUGGGUAAAGACUCCAUAGACAUCGAUAUCUCCUCCAGCUCCAGGAGGAGAGAGGAUCAGUCUCUGAGGCUCAAUGCAUAAGCUGUGGAGCUCAUCACUCCCACCUUUCCCUGUAAAUAAAGAUGACUCGCUAAUCAACUGUUGUGUUGAUGUAAAAGAAGUACAGUAAUUUAAAAACAAAAAAAAUUGCUGAAAAAUUAAGAAUCUGAAGAAUCUGGCCGGAUCCUAGGUGAAAAAUGAGAAUUUGUUUUAAGUUCAACUAUUCCUUUAAGUGAAUGCACUUGUUAUAUUCAUAAUGGACAUGGAUAUUGUAGAAAGUGUACAGUAUGGUGUCUAUCCCCUCUGUCUCAUAGGCAGGUUUUUAUUGAACCUUUUGAUUUUUAUUUUAUUUUUUUCUGUCUCAUGGUUUGUAAUUUUUGUGUGGCAAACCAUACUGAAUGUACAGUAUGGUGCAGAUGGUCCAGAGGCAUUAUAAGAUCAGUCAGUCAGUUCAUUUGGUUUUCAGGUGCCAUGUUGUCAUUAUCCCAGUAGUUUUCCUGAACCACUUGAAUUUUCAAUAAUUCAUCUAUUAUCCGCAUUAUUUACUGUGUAAGUUUAUCAUGUGUCUCUUGACAGUCAAUGAAAGUUAAAGCAAAUCUGUGCUGUUAUGAAAUUUAUUCCCAUGUGAGCGUCAUAGAAAGAGUUGCACAAUUUGUUUCCAAUGAAUCAGCUCACUGCAGUUCAUUCAGAGUGCUGUAAAUAAACGUGUUCAUUAAA